AUGGCCAGCGUGACGUGCGGUGGGACGGCAGAGACCGGCGACCAGCGGCCGGCAACACGACGCGUCGGCCAAACGCUAGGUGCCAAGGCGCGGGCGGACGCGGCGCGGGCGGGCACGGGCGAGGCGCUGGGCGAGUGCGCGCGAGCGAGUGCGGGCGAGGCGCUGGGCGAGUGCGGCAUGGCGCUGGCAGACACCUGUGGCAGUGACCCUGAAUGUCAGCCAUCGCCACCACCACUGCCACCGCCGCCCUACACGGAGGUGCCUGCUCAUCCACAUUUACCAUAUAAUCAGCUGCCACCGCCUCUUCCGGCACCACACAUGCAAGCACCACUGCCGCAGACUGCACCACUGCCGCAGACAAUUCCUCGUCAGUGUGUGCCAUCUGCUGAUGAGGUGUAUAAUUCGCCACUGCCAGAACCUCCUAAAUUACCAUCCAAGAGGUAUGAAACCCCAGCACUGAGCAUGGUGCCAACACAGGCUCCUUCUCCGGCGGCUGAUGUGGAUCCCCCUGCACUUCAUCAACAUCCUCUGGAGCCUUCGAGGGAUCUGAAACCCAGCAUGGAAUAUUACUCCCAAGAACGUCAUCAGGAAUACUUUCUUAUGGAAGGAAGCUAG